GCCUGCUCCUGGCCCAUAUCCCUCCAAACUUUUCCUAUUCAUGUACUUAUCUAAAUGUCUUCUAGAUUUUUGCAACUGUCCCCGCCUCCACCGCUUCUUCAGGGAGCUCAUUCCACACAUGAACCACCUUCUGUGUAAAAAUCUCACCUUAAAAACGUGCCCCUUAGUUUUGUAAUCCCCCAUCCUAAGGAAAAGGACAACUAUGAUCAACUCUAUUUGUACCGGGACGUGAGACCAUUAUCGAAUAGAGCGGGCUGGAGGGGCUGAAUGGCCUAUUCCGUGCUCUACUUAUUAAGAGAAAGCAUUGCCUCAAGCUCCAGAUCCCAGGAGCCGCCUAAUCCGCUACACGUUUUACAUCCGACCACCCCCCCAAACUCCUGACCAAUCAGAACACGCGUUACUGUCCCCUGGAGACGGCAGUUGCCGCUCGUAGCGGCUGGGCCUGGAUCCCGCUGCCGCUUCCCUUCUGCCCCCUCGGAGACCGGCUCUCGGUCCUGGAAGAUUCCAGAAUGUUCAAGAACCUUCUCUCGAGCGGCUCCUUGAUCCGGGCCCUGCACGCGGCGCUGACGUGGGCGGUGACGUUGGUGCUCUUCCUGUUCGAGACGGAUCUGAGACGGAGUGAGAAUCGUGGUGAGUUCCUCCAGCCAGUUUCCUUUGUGCUGCUGGUUUUCUGCUCAAUGUUACUGUACUUCAUCACCUCCCUCAUGGACCCAGGAUAUGUCACAUUUGAUGAUGAACUAAAGGGCCGGAUUCCUCAGGCAAAUCAGGGUGUGGGGAAUGAGAAAGAGCAGAUGAUCCCUGUGGUACAGAAACCACAUAGACUGAGGCGCUGUGGAUUCUGCAUGGUCCAGCAGCCCAUGCGUUCCAAACACUGCCAGUCAUGUCAGCACUGUGUGCGUCGAUAUGACCACCAUUGCCCUUGGAUUGAAAACUGCGUGGGGGAAAGGAACCAUCGCUUCUUUGUGCUUUACCUGAUGCUGCAACUCGCAGUUCUGCUGUGGGCCUUCCACGUUGCAUGGUCAGGAUUUCGUACUGAGGCCGCAUGGAAAGACUGGCUCCAAGUCAAUCUGCUUCUACUGUUGGCAUUUAUAAUCAUUAUCAUUUUCACUGUGGUGGUGAUGCUGCUACUAGUGUCACAUUUGUACUUGGUAUCGAACAACACAACAACAUGGGAAUUCAUGUCUCGCCAUCGCAUCUCCUACUUGAAACAUUGUGGCUCAGAGGAGAACCCAUUUGACCAGGGCAUCCUCAGGAAUUUGUGGACAUUUUUCUGUGUGAGCAAGACAGUCGUGUGGGAAAGGAUUUAUUUUCAGGAUGAAGAUAGGCUGGUAUAGUGAGUGGCAAAAUUAACAAGUGGACUGUUUUCAGUAAUUUCUAUUUUGUUUUUCUGCCUCACUGGAAUAGUAUUAUUUAUUAUGGCAAUGCCAUAACGUUGAAGUUUUCUCCAAAGUGUCAGGCUCAGAGACAGUCUGAGAUCUUUGAAAUAGAGGGUUCAGGGCUAGAUGAAUACUUUUUCUGUAGUGUCCAGAGUGUCCCACAACAUAAAAAGAGAAAAGUAAAAGGCCAGAAUUACUGUCACUAACUUCCAAGAAAGGAGUAGAAGGAGUGGGAUAGAAAGAGGAGAUGAAAUGUGAUCCUUAAGGAAUUUUGAUCUUUUGUUCUGAGAGAAAGCAUUGAGAUUAUGAAAUUAUCCUCUAUUUGUGCUGUCAGCCUCUCCAAAGAUUAAAUAUGCACUGAUCGCUCCUUCAUCUAACAAUGCACUUUAAAUGUAGUCAGUUUUGAUACUUCAAAAAUAGGAAUAACUUAGAUUCUUUUUUAUAUUCUGAAACAUUUAACACGGGCAGCUAACAAUCUAAUUAACCUUUUCAUUAUUCACUUGUCUGAAACUGACUUUAGCUGUAUUGAAUCAAAUUACUUCUUCAAGAACUUCAUUGUUACCUUCAUGUUCUUAAAAUUUAAUAAACCCCAUUGAUCACCAAACUUACUUUUAAAUCAUUUCAAUUUCUAUUAACCAGGUCUUAAAAUGGUUUUUUUUUUGCAAAAUUCCUUUCUAUUUUUACACGGAUGUACCAAGCUCUAUCAGACCACUUCACACAUUUUUGUGCUCAAUCGUAAAAGUUAUAAAUAAAUUGUUAUAUUUGAACUGCUGCAGAAGUCGGAAAUAGUGUCAUGUCAUCUACAGUUCUGGGGAAAAGCACAAGGGGUUAGGCAGCAUCCAAGGAGCAGGAGAAUCAACAUGUCAGGCAUAAGCCUUUCACCAGAAAACCUUUUCCAGCACUACACUCUCGACUCAGAUCUCCAACAUCUGCAGUCCUCACUUCCGGGGAAGUAUCGUCCUGAGCCAGAAAGUUGCAGGUUUAGGUAUUACUCCAGAAACUUGAACAAUAAAUCUAAGCUGAGGAAAUGAUAGAAUAGCCUUUGUCAUGUGCACUCAAACGAGUGCUUUGAAGAGUUUGCAAUGUCGCCUCUUGGUACAGAUACUUAAGUACAGGUACUUUAAGUGUUGUUACGGAAUUAAAAUAGGAAAAAAAAACUAGCAUGUGAAUACAGUUUAAAAAUGUCCAGAAUGAGAAUAAAAUAUCUUUAAAGUACUCAAGUUAUAGGCCUUUUCCACGAGUCCAUACCUGCCAGAGUUCAGUACAUGAGGCCUUCAUGUGCUGCCCUCUGCCCUGGACUCUUCUCCAGGACCCAUCCUCUGACCACAACUCAAGUCCCAGCUUGGCCUACGCUUGCUCUGCUCCUGCUCUGGCUAUGACUCACUUCUGGGACAUGGCACAUGUUCUGCUCCCCCUCCAGGCUCUGGCCAUGACUUGCUGAUGCACCAUCAGUGGAGUCAUCUUUCAGUUAAGAUGUCAUCUCUCAGGUGGAUGUAAAAAUUUGACAUCAUGGCAAAGAGGAGGGGAGUUCAUGCUGGUACCCUCAGCCACUAUUUAUCCCUUACCUAAGAUCAUACAGAUUAUCUGGUCAAUGCCAUGUGGCUGUCAUGGGGCUGUUCUGCACCCAAACUAGUUGCCAUAUCACCUACAUUACAGCAGUAACUACAUUUCAAAAUUAGAUCUUUGAUUAUAAACCACUUUGGAACAUUUGGAUAUUGUGAAAGGAACUACUUUAAUGCAAGUUACUUUUAAAAUAUUACUCUGGCUGUUGUAAAAGAAUAGCUCUGGCAUUUGGUGCGGUCAGUGUUCAUGUUACAUUAGCUCCACCCAUUCUAAUUGCACCACAGUUUGUGGGUCAAGAUGAGUUCUACUGUAGCUUUUUAGACGGAGGAGCCAUUUCCCAAAGGUUCUAAUAAUUAUGUCUGACCAAAUGUAGUUAUACUUCUUGCAAUAAUCGAUCCUUGAACAGUACUUCUUCUCUAGGUAUUCAUAGUGGUGUAUCCACAACCACCAAGCAAGAGCUUAUCUUUGCUUUAUCUUGGGGCCAAGAGGAUAGCUGGCUGUGAAUCAUUCACACAACCCUUACUUAGUGCUACUUUUAGGUAGAAGUGGCAAAAAUACAAUGUACCAGAAGUGGUUGUCUGGGAUGUGAGGGAGGGAGGGAGGUAGGAAUGACUCCCAGUGAAAAUUCAUCUGCAUUUAGAUACCUCAGUGUUCAGGGUAACAAUAACCUAAAACUCCCUGAACAUCUGUCUGUUUCUUAAAAGAAAAAAAAAUUAAAAACUUAACUCAGACAAUGUGCUAAUAUCUAUGGUUCACAGUCAAAUUUUCUCCAAUUAUACUCCAACACCAAUUUGGGAGUUUUUUUGGUAAAGGCAUUGUAAACAGACAUGUUGUUAUACCACAUAACACCAAAGAUCCAUCUGUGAUGUCUCUAUUUUGCCUUUCAGAACUCAAUUUGUUUAAGUCAUGAAAUCCUCUUAAAAUUAAUACAUAUGCAGAGAAAUGUUGCACUCAAUCUGCUAUGUAAAUGGUUUCACAUAGUUGAGAAUGUCUACACUGAAAUUCAGAAUAGUGCAUUGAAGUCAAGUAGAGUGGCUCCUUUGUUCUUUUAAAUCCAGAGGCAAAAGAUCAAAGAAAAUUAUUCAGUCCAUUUAACCCAAUGAGAAAUUACUGAGGUUCUCUCUCAAUCUCAAUCCGAUUAGUUAAGUAGUGUUUUAGUGAUAAGUUGUUGCUGAAAUUCAAGCAUGAACAUGUCAAAUGGGAAAUUGGUGAAGCAUGAAAGGAGCUUAAAGUCCCUUCACAUUCAAACCUCAAAAAAAUAGUUGCCUCAGUUUACAAUAUGAAAAGUCAAUGACCACAUUUGUUCAGGUUUGUUAUUGAUUCAGACACUGGGGUGACAGUUAUUGUUUCCAAACAGUUUUACUCAAAACUUAAAUAUGGCAAACAUGAUUCACAUUAAACCAGCAAAUCUCCUUUGACUCAGAAGAUAGUCUACGGUACAGAUGAAUAAAACUUUUGAUUGGGUACAUUCUAUUGGUGUCUGAAAGAUAGUGUUACUUAAGUUCAUUUCUGCCUCUGGAGAGGAUAAUAUGGUAACAAACAGACUUGAGAUUAUAGGCAAUUUUGAAAUAUGCAAAUAUUUGAUUCCAGAUUUAACAGUAUGACCCUGGACAUUAAAUCCUUUGAUGUCCUUGAUAUGCUUAGACUCAAAAGACCUCUUCCAAAACCAAGGAAAAUAGGCUAAUGAUAAAACACACAACAUGGUUAUAUGAUUAGCAAUAAAAGUCACCCACAGAAGGGACAUACUUGGUAGAUGUGUGGAAUCAACCUUCCCAUUAAAAUAUGGCAAAAAAUGCAACAAAUCAGAACUGAGAGCUAAAUUAGCCUGAUGAAUUUAACGAUAGAACAGGAAAGAGGGAACGGUGUAGGAUUGUAAAUAAAAUUUUAAGCAGUUACAGAGCAGUGGAUAUUUUCAGGCUGAUAUUUUUAUAUCAGUUUUAAAGUAUGAUUAAACUUCUUGAACUGGUUUCUUAGGGAAAUAUUGCACUUUUAUUUUUGGACUGGAAUCUUUACGAUAGCUUUGUCUGUCAAAUUAUAUUCUGGAAAAGUAUUGAUUAAAAAAAUCAAAUCUU